UGGACCGGGCUCUGAGCGAAGGCGGGAGGCGGAGCCAGGGGAUAGGAAGAGCUGCGCGCUUGGUAGCUGUUCCCGGGCAUGCUCCGCUGGGCCCGCGCCUGGAGGCUCCCCCUUAGGGGGCUCGGUCCCUCCAGUCUCAGCGCCUCCAGGGUGCCCCUCGCACCCAGCAGCAGUGGCCGAAGCGGCACCGAGAGGAGGUCGGUGCUGCUUUCCUACAGACUUCUGGACGGAGAGGCGGCCCGCCCGGCCCUCGUGUUUCUGCACGGGCUCUUCGGCUCCAAAACCAACUUCAACUCCAUCGCUAAGGCCCUGGCCCAGCAGACUGGCCGGAGGGUGCUAACAGUGGAUGCUCGGAACCAUGGUGACAGCCCCCACAGCCCAGACAUGAGCUAUGAGGCCAUGAGCCAAGACGUGCAGGAUCUCCUGACCCAGCUGGGCCUAGUGCCCUGUGUCCUCGUUGGCCACAGCAUGGGAGGCAGGACAGCCAUGCUGCUGGCACUCCAGAGGCCAGAGCUGGUGGAACGCCUGAUUGCUGUGGACAUCAGCCCAGUGGAGACCACAUCCAACUCAGACUUCCCAUCCUACAUGGCAGCCAUGAGGGCUGUAGACGUCCCAGAUGACAUGUCCCGCUCCUCUGCCCGAAAACUGGCCGAUCAGCAGCUCAGCACUGUUAUCCAAGACACAGCCGUGCGUCAGUUCCUGCUCACCAACCUGGUGGAGGUGGAUGGGCGCUUCGUCUGGAGGGUGAACUUGGAAGCAUUGGCCCAGCACGUGGACAAGAUCUUGGCUUUCCCACCACGACAAGAAUCUUACCCUGGGCCAACCCUCUUCCUCCUGGGUGGAAACUCUCAAUAUGUGCAUCCCAGCCACCAUUCUGAGAUCAGGCGGCUCUUCCCUCAAGCCCAGAUGCAGACUGUGCCCAAUGCUGGCCACUGGAUCCAUGCUGACUGCCCGCAGGACUUCAUGGCUGCCAUCCGAGGCUUCCUAGCCUAAGAGUUGCUGGCAAGACGAGGCAGGAAGCCCUAGGCUUCAAGGCCCUGCAGCCUGUUCCAUGUUUCCGCACAAAAGGACUCAGGCACUGAGAGAGCAUGAGGGUGCAAAGGGUCAGACCUCAAGUUUUAAUGAAUAAAGACACUGCUCCCAA